AUGACUCAGGGUGGUCUGACGGUUACUCAGCAUGGAAACGCUGAGCAAGACCUGGGAAACAAGAGCGUUAAUGGUUUACAAAGAACAGUGUCAUCGGAAUCGACAGACUCAGGUUGUGCUUUGGAUUCGCCCAGUCCUGCAACCCCGAACGAUAUCAUGGAGGAAACGUUUGAGAAAGCGAUUCUGGAAUCCAGCAGACUGAACAUUCGGAUGCCUUUCAGAAGAAUCCAUUCACUGCCACAAAGCCUCCUGGGAUCCAGUCCUGCUCUGAAGAGAAACCAUUCCGAUUCUCUGGACAGCGAUGCUUUUCAACCGUUGGAACAAGAUGGAAAUAAGGAGAAUGAAUCAUUUGAGUUUAAGAAGCCAACCAAACCAGCUUCUCGGUGUUCUGCACAUGGCCAUUCCCGUGAUGGGAAAGGUGUUCCCGGACCGAGGCAGGAUUCAUCUCCAGCUCAGAAAUUUCCCCUGGGUGAAACGCCCACGGGCGUACAGAAAAACUACGGGCCGGCUCUCCUGCAGCGGUCUUCUCUGACGUCCUCUGAAACUGAAGACGAUGAUGGAUUCCUCGAGCUGUUGGAUGAGCAAGAUUUGAAGAACGAUGAGGAGAUGCCAUCUGAUGUGGCGAGCCUCUGGACGGCACCACUAGUCAUGAGGAAAACGGACAAUCGGGCCAAACGAUGCCGGUUGUUUGGCUCUUCAUCUCUACCCAGUGGCGUAGGAAGAACCACACAGAAAAGGAUGGAGAGAUCCCAGGAAGAGAAUUCUCCAGGGAAAAGCAAGAAGAGGAAAAGCCUGCCUGGAACACCUUCCGAGGAUUCAACGAGCCUGAAAAUGGUAAAGACGCGAUCUUCCACAGCAGAGAUCGAAAGCAUUUUGGACAGCGACCAGAGAGACCUUAUUGGUGACUUCUCAAAGGGUUAUUUAUUCCACACUGUCGACGGGAAACAUCAAGAUUUAAAAUACAUCGACUCAGAAAUGUUUUUUUCUGUGCUGACUGGGAAGUUUGCGAGCUUCAUCGAGGAGUGCGUGAUAAUUGAUUGUAGAUACCCGUAUGAGUACGAAGGAGGACACAUCAAGAAGCCAAUCCAGCCAUCGGAGAACAAACGAGUGAUAAUAGUGUUCCACUGCGAGUUUUCUUCAGAGCGGGGCCCCCGAAUGUGCCGGUUUGUGAGAGAGCGGGACAGGCUGGGUAACGAAUACCCCAACCUCCAUUACCCAGAGCUGUACGUCCUGAAGGGGGGUUACAAGGAUUUCUUCUUAAGAUGUCGCAGCUUCUGCGAGCCCCAGAGCUAUCGCCCCAUGCACCACGAGGACUUCAAAGAAGACUUGAAAAGGUUCCGCACCAAAAGCCGAACCUGGGCUGGUGAGAAGAGCAAAAGGGAACUGUACAGUCGCCUGAAGAAGCUCUGA